AUGUCUGAUUCUGAUGAUCCUCGAGAUGAGGAAAUGAGUACAUUGUCAGCAAUCUAUCCCGAAAUCGAGGUUGACAGCUCAGAUCCACACUUAUUUGUGCUCGAGAUACCCGUGCACCCAUCCAAACCGGUGCAGGUCUUGUUCCCGGCACCGGCCCCGGCACCGGCACCUGUCAUAGCUACGGGUCCGGAAACGGUACCUUUGCCAGUUCAAGCAGCUGAUAAUCGGGCCGGUGAACUCCAGCGGGAGGAUUCUCACGAGCUUUCAUAUCUGCCACCAGUGCGGCUGCUCAUAUCGCUUCCACCGAAGUACCCGGCACAACAGCCCCCUAAAGUUGAGCUAACAUCAAAUCCGCCAUGGAUUCCAUCCACUCGCAUCGACCAACUGGUGGCUGAUUGCGCGCGUCUUUGGAAGGAGCUUGACCACGACCCUGUUCUCUUUACCUACAUCGACCACAUCCAGCAAUUAGCCGAAACGGCUUUCGACGUGGCUGAUGACAGAGGUGUCUUGACUGCGGAGCCGCAGUACAGGAUAGCCAUCCUCGACUACGACAUGUCAGCCAAGCGUGCUGCUUUUGAUAGGGAGACUUUCGACUGUGGCAUCUGCCUCGAUCCUAAGAAAGGCUCUGCAUGCCACCGCAUGCUCGAUUGCGGCCACGUUUUCUGCAUCGGUUGCCUGCAGGACUUCUACAACAACGCUAUUCAGGAGGGUGAUAUCUCCUCGGUUCGCUGCUUGACCCCUAAUUGCGCAAAAGACCGGGAGAAGGCUGCGGCACAAGAACCACCGACUUCGCAAGGCGCGGGUGGCCGGGCUAAGAGGAAACGCAGACAAAACCUUAUCAGCCCAAGCGAGCUUCUAAAGAUUCCCUUGGAACCUGAGGUAGUUAGGCGUUUUGUCACGCUCAAGUAUAAGUCUGAGCUCGAAUCAGACAAAAACACUGUCUAUUGUCCAAGGUCGUGGUGCAAUGGUGCUGCAAGGUCCAAGAAACACAAGAAACCAGAGGGCCUCGAAUUUUCCGAGGACUCCGAAGGGUCUGACGAUGAGGAUACCAAUCGUGCUCAAGCCUCAGCAGUACCGCGCCCCUACAACAAAACGGAAGAGCUUCUUUGCAUAUGCGAGGACUGUGGCUUUGCAUUCUGCGGCCGCUGCUUCCUUGGGUGGCAUGGCGAGUUUUAUCGGUGUACGCCCCGGCGGGAUAAGACUGAGUUGACAGCAGAGGAGAAGGCUUCCCUUGAAUAUGUGCAAUUACACACAACACCGUGCCCUACUUGCGCAGCACCUGCACAAAAGACUCAUGGGUGCAAUCAUAUGAUCUGCGGGAGGCAGGGUUGCGGUACACACUUUUGCUACCUUUGCUCAGCCUGGCUGGACCCAACCAAUCCCUACUCCCACUAUAAUCAACAGUCGAAUGGCCGUAUAACGGGCUGCUACAACCGGCUGUGGGAGCUUGAAGCAGGAGACGGGGAUGAUGUAGGCCUGGGCUUCAUUGGCGGCAGAGCUGCUCUAGCUGCUGAGCAGGAGAUUGAGGUGGAUGCGGCACUACUAAUCCCAGAGAUUGAAGAGGCCGAUGGCGAAGACGGACACGUCAACGGUGCUGCGGCUGGAGCUGCCGGUGACCAUAUGGGAGUCCGCCCAGCCAACGAGCACGAAAACGAGCGAGGAGUGGCCCUCGAGGCUCCGUUGGUCCUCCGCAUUGCGGCAGACCCUCCAGGACGCGCCGCACCACCGCCAGUCCCAAAUCCGCCGCCAGUGGCCAGACCACGGGCAGGCGGCCAGCAGAAUGCACGCAGGCGAGGCGGUCGUGGGGGCCAAAAUGCUGUCAGAGGUGGCCGUGGCGGGGCGAAUGUCCCGCAGCAGAAUGAGCAAGCUCGCAAUAACGGCGCUCCGCGAAGAGGCCGAGGAGGACGCCCAAGAGGCGGAGCAGUUGCGCCGGAAGAUGAUCGACCUAACGAUGAUGACCUCAACGAGCAUCAAAGGGCAUGGAUUCGACAAUUUGUGCAUAUGGCGCUCAAUGACGAAGAGGAUCUGGUCGACUCGGACAGCGAUGAAGAGAUAUUCUGGAUACGGUAAACAGCGGAAAUAUGGAACUGGAUUAUGUAUGAUACUUCGCGGUGAUAAAAGGUCGAUCCACGAUUAGACAAGCUGUAAAGUCCAGCUUGGCUCAAAGCUAAACUUAUAUUCGCUAUACAACACUACUGAUAUGAAAGACUUAC